AUGUCAUCUCAACAAAAUUCCGUUUCUGCACUUUUAUUGUUACCCCCGCCUCAGUCUUUCUCCUUCAGUGGGGUCAAGGAGGCAUUCGAGACCUCGGUAUCCGAUGUCUUGAUGAAGUUGUACAAAACCGUGGAAAAUUCCAGUCAUAUUGCCAAACUUGACAUUGCCUUGGCAAUUUCAAACGUGCUCGCUCCAGAAAACACACCUCGUACCAAAACAUUUGCCUCAUUACAACAUUAUCUUAGCAGCAUUUAUACUUUGAUUGGGGCGGUGGGGACUGCUCAAAGCAUCGAUCUGGACUCGCCUGGUGGCAUCGAUACUCGUGUGAUAUUCAUUGAUCAUACCUCUUCCAUUACUACAACCAAUUCCCAGACCAGCAAUGGCUCCAAGAUUGGACCCAUCUUAUCCCUGCAAUCACUGGCAACCUCGGCCCGACAAUGGGACCAUGUGUUCCAUCUAAACAACCAAAUCGGCCGGGAUUUGGGCAAUCUUUUUCUUAAUAGCACCAGUGGUUCGUCUAAAGAUCACACCGCAUCAGUCAUGCAGAUGAUCUCCUGCAGCGGAGACUGGCCGGCUCCACAAUCCAUCUUGAUCCCUGAGGACCAGCCAAACCCAGUGCCCCACUACUCAGUUGCGGUGGGAGGGACAUUCGAUCAUCUUCACAUUGGUCACAAACUCCUGCUCACGGCUACCGCACUAGCCUUAGAGCCGCUAGACCAAACUAAUCAAGAUCGGGGGAGGAUCCUGACAGUCGGUGUGACUGGUGACGCACUGCUGGUGAACAAAAAAUUUGCCGAGUAUUUAGAAAGCUGGGAGGAUCGAUUCCAGAGCACCGCAGCCUUUCUAGCGGCCAUUAUGGAUUUCUCGGGUAAUCCAUCGCCCCGAGUUGAACGCAGCUCGACAUCUGAUGGCAAGGGGCAAGUGGCGGCCAUACAUAUUCAACCAGGUCUGAUCUAUAGGUUCGUGGAGUUUUUCGAUGUUUGUGGACCCACGAUCACCGAUGAAAACAUCAGUGCGUUGGUAGUGUCCAAGGAGACGUCAGCUGGAGGCGCUAUGGUCAAUGACGAACGGGCCAAGAAAGGAUGGUCCAAACUUGCUAUCUUUGAAGUGGACGUACUUCAGUCGGGAGAAGUCAAGGAAACAGUAGGUGCCAACCAAUUUGAGGGCAAAAUUAGCAGCACAGACAUUCGACGUCGGCGCAUGAACCGGGCCAAAGUAUGA